AUGUGUGGCAGGUUCCUGAGGCAGCUGGUGGCUGAGGAGAGCUGGCAUUCCACCCCCGUGGGGUGCCUCCUUCUUCCCGUGCUCCUGGGGUUCCGCCUUGUGCUGCUGGCUGCCAGUGGGACUGGGGUCUAUGGCGAUGAGCAGAGCGAAUUCGUGUGUCACACCCAGCAGCCAGGCUGCAAGGCUGCCUGCUACGAUGCCUUCCACACCCUCUCCCCACUGCGCUUCUGGGCCUUCCAGGUCAUCUUGGUGGCUGUGCCCAGUGCCCUCUACAUGGGUUUCACCGUGUAUCAUGGCAUCUGGCAUUGGGAAGACUCGGGAAAGGUGAAGAAGAAAGAGGAGACCCUGACCCAACAAGGACAGGGCAGCACAGAUGCCUCAGGGGCUGAAAGGCCCAGGCUGCUCUGGGCCUAUGUGGCACAGCUGGGGGUGCGACUGGUCCUUGAGGGGGCAGCCUUGGGGCAGUACCAUCUGUAUGGGUUCAAGAUGCCCAGCUCCUUCGCAUGUCGUCGAGAGCCUUGCCUUGGCAGUAUAACCUGCAAUCUGUCCCGCCCCACUGAGAAGACCAUUUUCCUAAAGACCAUGUUUGGGGUAGGUGGGCUCUGUCUCUUCUUUACUCUUUUGGAGCUUGUGCUUUUGGGCCUGGGGAGAUGGUGUGAGCCCCUGGGGACUUUCUCUUCUUCCUGA